AUGAAGAUAGUGAGAGAAGCUUGUAGUAAGAUACUCGACAUUGCCAGGUAUCUGGUUAGAGCACCAACAGUGAGCAAAGUUGGAAAGCGUGUUGGAGCAGCUUUGCCUGUUGAUGUCUUGACAUAUGAGGAAAAAACUCUGUCUGCCAUAUUAAGAGUUAUUAGCAGUGGCCUUGUCAAGCUGUGGAGUGCUCUAACGUUGCUGGGCUUCUAUCAGAACAGGAGGUGUGCCUUUCGAGUGCUGCAGACAUCUCCAUUUCUUCUUGCGUUAUCUGGGAACAGUAGAGAACUAGUCUUGGACUGAAUGCUGUCGUUGGUUUGGUUGUACAAAGCAGAAGUUGUUUGAGAUGUUGCAGCCCUUCAGGUAUGGAAUUUCUGGAGGUGAUUUCCGACAAAGAGCCUUGACAAAGCUAACAGUUAUCAACUCACUGCUUGGACGUCUCGUACUUCAGAGUUUACACAUAAAAGUUGGAGACAAAGCUGAACUUACCAAAGCUUUUACACAGAAUGAUGUUGUUACUUUUUCUGAUUUAACAGGUGACACAAAUCCUUUGCAUUUAAAUGAAGAUUUUGCAAAAAAAUCUAGGUUUGGGAGAACUAUUGUGCAUGGAGUUUUGAUCAAUGGACUUAUUUCUGCAGUUCUGGGUACUAAAAUGCCCGGUCAAGGUUGUGUGUUUCUUUCUCAGGAGAUCCGAUUUCCAGCUCCUUUGUAUACUGGAGAAGAAGUCACAGCUGCAGCGGAAGUUAAACGACUGAAGGGUUCUAUUGCACACAUUUCAGUGUUGUGUAAAGUCAAAGAAAGUGGAAAGACUGUUAUGGAAGGGAUGGUGAAAGUCAUGGUGUCAGACAGUUAGCGCUGUCGAUCCUCUGCUGCAUUGCUAUAAAGGCCAGAA